AUGUCUGUGAUACAUCCAAAUAGUUCCAACUACCCAUUCAAAUUUGAACCUUUCCUACGGACAGAAUAUAACUUUGGGCUAGAUCCUGAUAGACCAGUUUGUCAAUUUUGGAACGGUCAUGGAGGUUGUCCAAAUGGUGAUCAAUGUCCAAAUAAACAUGUUUUACCAAUGUAUAGCAACAAAAUUGUUUGCAAGCAUUGGCUAAGAGGUCUUUGUAAAAAAGGUGAUCAUUGUGAAUUCUUGCAUGAAUAUAAUUUAAGAAAAAUGCCUGAAUGUCUGUUUUAUUCAAAGAAUGGAUUUUGUACUCAGACUCCAGAAUGUCAAUAUUUACAUAUAGAUCCACAAUCCAAAAUACCUGAAUGUUUAAAUUAUUCAAGAGGGUUCUGUCCAGAAGGUCCAAAUUGUAAAAAUAGACAUAUAAAGAAAAUCAUUUGUCAAAAUUAUUUAACAGGGUUUUGCCCAGAUGGUCCUGAUUGUGAUUUAGCACAUCCACAAUUUGAAUUAUUACCAGAUAAAUUAAGAAUAAGACCUGAUAGAGCUGUUGAAAUACAGUUGGAGAAAGAAGCUAAAGAAAGGGAGGAAAAAGAAAGAGAGGAACUUGAAAGGUUCCAAAAGAAAGUUGUUGAUCCAGAGUAUUGA